AUGGGUCGUUCCGAUCCAAGAAAAGUGGUGUUUGCAGCUAAAGUGGCCUCUGCUCUUUCGCUUGUUUCAAUCCUUAUUUUCCUCAAAGAACCCCUUCCUUAUAUUGGAAAACACUCCAUCUGGGCUAUCCUUACCGUUGUCGUUGUGUUCGAGUUCAGCAUAGGAGCUACGCUGAACAAAGGACUUAAUCGCGCAUUGGGGACAUUAUCGGCUGGAGCACUAGCUCUGGGCAUUGCUGAAUUGUCAUUAAUGGUGGGGAAAUUUCAAGAAGCUGUGAUUGUGAUCAGCAUUUUUAUUGCUGGUUUUUUUGCGAGUUAUUUGAAGUUGCACCCUUCGAUGAAGCAAUACGAAUAUGGAUUUCGCGUCUUCUUGUUGACAUUUUGUAUUGUACUCGUAUCUGGCACUUCAGAUUUUGUGCAAACAGCUGUUUCUAGACUACUUCUAAUUGCACUUGGAGCUGGUAUUUGUUUGCUCAUUAAUGUAUGCGUUUACCCCAUUUGGGCGGGCGAGGAUCUGCAUAAAUUGGUUGUGAAAAAUUUUAAGGGCGUUGCCACUUCUUUGGAAGGCUGCGUCCAUAUGUAUUUGCAAUGUGCUGGGUAUGACAGAAUACCCUCAAAAAUUCUUGUAUAUCAGGCUUCUGAUGAUCCAUUGUACACUGGAUAUAGAGCUGCAGUACAGUCUACAAGCCAAGAGGAUUCUCUGCUGGCUUUUGCCAUAUGGGAACCACCUCAUGGCCGUUACAAAAUGUUCAAUUAUCCCUGGAGCGAAUACGUCAAAGUUAGUGGUGCUCUACGACACUGUGCAUUAAUGGUUAUGGCUAUGCUUGGAAAUAUACUUUCAGAAAUACAGGUGCUUGGCGUAGCUCGAGGAAUGUCGCUAAAGGGCGAGGCUGAUUCCAAAAAGAUCACCUAG